AUGCACGCAACACUAAAGUCCCACUGGGAUGUUCUUGGCAUUCGGGACAGCCAAUACACUUCUGAUGCAUAUAAUUCUGCCAUUCUCAGGUUUGAUGUUACACUGAGGCGCGAAUUGCUGCAAUUGAUACAUCUAUUGGAAAGCCAACUGCCGUACUUGAAAAUGGUCUCUUUCAAGAGUCUAUUGCUGUUGGUCCCCGUCAUUCCUCAGCUGGUAGUUGCGACGUCAUGCGAUUACGGAUCCUGGUACAUCGAAUUCAACCUUGCAGCAGGCGCUCAAGGCAACCGACGCGGAGAUCUCUAUGCUGAGCAUUCCAAGACUCCAGGCGUGAUCAGCCACUCAGUAUGGAUCUAUGACCCUCAGACAGAGUUGGCUACCUAUACCGCGGAAGAUCCGACCUUAAACAACACGCUUAUCUCGGUUCUUGGUCUGCAGAAUUUUGAGAUAGAGCAGACCAUCCUUGGGAUCCCCUUGAAGGGAUCUGGGCCUAUCGACAUGUACUUUAGCCCGGCCGCAAACGGCCGCGGCGGCAAGGGCAACACGACGAUUAUUUCGGAAUUGUCUUUCAGAUCGGCUCGCGAUAAGUCUCUAGACUCGCGCCCUACGAUUGGUUUGGCGCGCCACAGAAAAUUCGAGAGGAAUGACGCUUCCCCCAUAAAGUCCCAACUCACGCGUGCUGUUCGUACAGCAUGUUAUGUUGGAGAGUGGAUCACAAAGGUGACAGCAUCCUUUCUGUACUUGACUGGAUCUCGACACCGAACACCACAUUAUUCCAACUUGACAUUCUCGGGGGCACCGGGCAUGCAAUUUUCAACAAUCAUGGGCGAUCGAAGAGCCAAAGUAGUUUCGAAGAGACGAGGCCGGAAAUCGCCAAUGUCUGACGACGCUAACGGCGAUGACAUGCGGAAGUUCAAGAUCCGGAGAGAAAGGAACCGCGAGGCACAACAAGUAUUUCGAAAGCGUCGACAAGCUGCAGAUGUAGCACAGAAGGAGCGAAUCGAGAGGUUGGAGAACGUGGUAGAGAACAUGACGCUCCUCUUCAUUGACCUCUUCGACGAGGUCAUCGGAAACAAGGGUGUACUAAAAAAGCAGGAGGACCUUCUUGCCCUCUUUCAAGACUCAGCGAUGCAGUUGAAGACAAUGGUGCAGCCCAUCACUGAUACCGACGACGACAACGACGAUGGGAACCCAAACUCUGGGACCACGCGGUCUACCGAUAUCCAUGAAAGACCUAUUUGUUCUACGUCGGCCUCGUUGAGUCAACACAGCAAUUUGAGGCAGAACGCCGGCGCGCCCGACCGCUUGAGUCCUUCCAAAAACAAUAGCGGCGGUGAAGUCGAUGGUACCCCUGCAGAGGGCAUGAGAGCGCAACCUAAUGUAGAACAUCUUGAGGCUCUGGACAUGCCACAUAUAUCGACUACGAGGUCGAAUCCUCCUUCUCAAGCAUUUUGCCUUCAACUGCUAGAAGCGACUCUAUCUCAAGCAUGCUUGAUACUAGCCGGCUGUCUUCCCGUAUCACCAGUCGAUUUUCAGACCAUUUUUGGCAUUACAUUGCAGUACCGUUCAAGAGAAGAACAGCUAAGUCAAGUGCGCUGCCUGCUGGGCUCGGAUACAGCAAAGCGCCUGGCAGCAGGGAUGUCUCCAAGUGAGUCCAGGAGGGGCUGGCGGGAUCAACAUAGCCUACAGCUGGGAUUCGGGCUGGUCGCAGAAUACGAGGCCGAUGUGGUACAUGGCAAUGACCUCCCACCAGGGUUUCUUACAGCACUUCAAGUUCAGAAGCAAUUGCAAAGCCUUGGCGCACGAAAGCGGGGGAAUAACAUUCUCGAAGUCAGUAUCACUUCGGCGGUGGAGAGUCCUGAUAUUACUGCACAUGUUUUCGAGUCUACGCUCUACGAACGCACCCCUCAACCCACCGAUUUUGGCAUCGCCAAAGCCUUGACUUUUCAGCUGAAUGUGUCAUUACUCAUCGCAAAUCUUACAAGUUCCGCAAAGUGCUUUUUGACUGGGCCAGCUUACUCUCAGUUGGGCUUUUUCAAGGCCGUGGAAGCGUCAAUGAUAUCAGUCACUGACGCUCCAGCUGGCUAA